AUGGCCGCAAAUGUUGUUAUUGCCUUUAUGAAGAAGCUGCCCAUUGAAAACGACGUGGUGUUGAAAGUGAUGGAUCUUGGCUGCGGUUCUUCUCCUUUCUCCAGGAUUCUGUACGAAAGGUCACCGAUCCCGGUUGGCGUUGUCGGUCUUGACUACGCUGAAUCAGCAGUUGCAUCCGCAAAAAAGAAGUUUCGAGAAAAUGGCAUCACAAUUCCCGGAACAACGAAUUCAUCGUUGUCUUUUACUACGGCAGACGCGCGGAGCAUGCCUUUCAGGGACGCCAGUUUUGAUAUAAUUGUGGAUAAGGGGACCAUGGACUCCGCUUUGAAGCAUCAGAAACUUGGUAACGCAUUAGCUCAAGAGAUGGCACUGGAACUAGUUAGAGUUUUGAAGAUAAACCGACACAUUUUGCAGUUCACCGACGAAGACCCUGAACUUCGGUUGUCCCUAUGGGACAACUUCGUAUCCGAAAUGAAACUUUCUGAUAUUGAAUUAAAUCGGACGUUCCAGGUUUUAGAAACCGGAGCUGAAAGUGAACAAAGAGAGAUGUUCAUGUACGUCAUCGAAAAGAUGCAGUUACCAAAGUUACCGAGUACUUUGAAGUAG